GCUUCACUGUCUUUCGCCCGUUUGUCCAAAACUAACUAUUUUCAGCAUGAGGGAUUUAGAUAACCCUCGUCUUCUCUAUAACCCCUUUUUCUUCAUCCUGCUUUCUUCUCUUCCAAGAAGAAUUUCUUCCCAUUCAUCUCUUUCUUCUUUUUUCUUCCUCCCGCACUGUCUCGGCAUCAAUAUUCCUUCUUGCUUUUCACAACUAGCGCGAUUUCACCGGCAGGGCAUUUGGGAUUGUGUUUCUUUCCUUUAAUGCCCUGAGUGAUAUGUACGCUUGAAUCGACUUUCAUUUCAACACCUGCAAGCCCAGAGAAGCUGUCAACUCAAACGACACCAUGUCUGGUUCUUUCAAGCAGAAACUGAGGAAUUCCUUGACGAAAAAGGGUAGGCGAAGCAGCAAGGUCAUGUCCAUUGAAAUUGAGGAUGUCCACGAUGCUGAGGAGUUGAAAAUAGUUGACGAGUUCCGUCAAGCUCUUAUUUUGGACGAACUACUCCCUGCAAAACACGAUGAUUACCAUAUGAUGCUUAGAUUCCUCAAGGCCAGAAAGUUUGAUGUUGAGAAAACAAAGGAAAUGUGGACUGAAAUGCUCAAAUGGAGGAAGGAGUUUGGUGCUGACACUAUUCAGGAGGACUUUGAUUUCAAAGAAAUUGAUGAAGUUUUGCAAUAUUAUCCCCAAGGACACCAUGGAGUGGACAAAGAGGGAAGGCCUGUAUAUAUCGAGAGACUAGGCCAAGUCGAUGCCGGGAAAAUGAUGCAAGUCACAACCAUGGAUCGCUAUAUCAAAUACCAUGUAAAGGAGUUCGAGAGGACAUUUGAUGUGAAGUUUGCAGCUUGUUCGAUUGCUGCAAAAAAGCACAUCGAUCAAAGUACAACUAUCCUCGAUGUGCAGGGAGUGGGGCUUAAAAGCUUCAACAAACAUGCUAGGGAACUCGUUACUCGUCUUCAGAAGAUUGACGGUGAUAACUAUCCUGAGACCUUGAACCGCAUGUUCAUCAUCAAUGCAGGUUCUGGAUUCAGAAUACUGUGGAACACCGUAAAAUCAUUCCUUGAUCCUAAGACCACAGCAAAAAUCAAUGUUCUUGGCAACAAGUUUGACACCAAAUUGCUAGAAAUAAUUGAUGCAAGUGAGUUGCCUGAAUUUUUGGGAGGUACUUGUACUUGUGAAGGAGGCUGUAUGCGCUCUGAUAAGGGCCCAUGGAAGGAUCCAGAAAUACUAAAGAUGGUUCACAGCGGUGCUCACAAAUGCUCAAGAAAGGGUGACUCACACGAGGAAGAGAAAUCAAUCGCUGAGGAACCCGAGACUCCCAAGUUCGAGGCAGCCCCUCAGGUUGCUCCCGUUGCUGAAGUGGUCACUGCUACUAUUGAAGCCCCCAAGCCUGUGGAGUUAGCCCCAGCGGCUGUCGAGAAACCUUGCCAACCUAAUGACGCAGUUGAUCCAACUGCGGCAGCAGCGGCUGCAGCGGCGGCGGCGGCGGCAGCGGCAGCAUCAACAGAGUUUGCGACUGUGAUGAAACGCAUGGCUGAGUUGGAGGAAAAAAUGGUGACCAUGAAUAAGCAGCCUGCAGCCAUGCCACCCGAGAAGGAGAAAAUGCUUAAUGCAACUAUGACUCGGGCCGAUGACUUGGAGCAGCAACUUUUGGCCACCAAGAAGGCUCUGGAGGAUUCACUUGUUAAGCAAGAAGAGCUUUCUGCUUACAUUGAGAAAAAGAAGAAGAAGAAGAGAUUCUACUUCUUUUAAAUAAGCAAAUGAAAUCAGUGGAUGGCCGAAGUGGAGGUCGAGAGAUCAACGGGGAAUUAAGUUUUAGUUUUGUGCCUUUCAGGAAGAUUUUCCAAAUGCCCUCUAACACAAUGUUCCUACAUGAGAACUAGUAAAUUUUCUAAACGACAGAAGAAAAGCAUAUGCUGAAUAUAUGAAUUAUGCUAAUCAGAUUUUGUCUCUAUUAGGAUAGGACUUACUCUCUAUGUAUAGUAUUAUAAGUAUAAUAUAGGGCGGUUAAGGCAGCCCUAUUAUGUCCGUACAGAAUGAAUAAUUGUCUGGUACAAAAUUAGAGAGUAUGUUUGACAUAUGGAUUGAAAAACUAACUCACGAAAACAGCUCCCUUUUCCUGUCGCACUAACGAAGAGAACUAACAAAAGGGCAUCAUAUGCUGGCCUGAACCGGACAUCAAACCAAAACUUUCUACGACCCAUCAAAUUCUUUGCUUUGUCUUCAACUUUAA